UUUUGUCUUUUUGUAUUUUCAAUAAGUAAAUAUUAAAGUAAUUACAAGAUGCCUAAAAAAACUACAAAAAAAACACAGAAAAAUGAAGUUGCAACAUUGCCAAUUAUUAAUGAUGAAAACUAUAGUGAUGCGAUGAAAAAAGCAUCAUUUUUAUUAGACUUUGAUGUUCGAGUGGAAAAUGAUAUUGAAGAGAUGAAAAAGUAUAUGGAAGAUGUAGUGUCCAGUCUAAAUCGAACAUUUCUACGACAGAAAAAUUUACUAAAAAAGGAAAUUCGGACUAUGAAAGUUGUUGAUUUCUUGAAAAUGGGAGGAGAUUUAAAUACAUUAGACUUCACAGAAAUAGUUCGUCCAUUGAUAGAAGAUCCAGAUAUAAGCUUUCAAGUCAGUGUGCAAAUGGAUGACACAUUUAAACAACCUUUACCUUCUCUAAGAAAAUCAACACGCAAAAGAGCUGGACAAGUUGCUGAGUCACCUUUAGUAUAUGACACUGGAUCAGUCAAAGGAAAGCCUAGAAAAGCUCUUCCCAACUCAAGAUCAAAGCCUCAAUUGAAUCCUCCUUUUAUUGUUCCAAAGUUUGAUCCAAAAAACCCUAUUGGCGUAUUUAGAGAGGAAAAAAGAGGAGAAACACUUUUGUCUUUGAAUGGUUCACCAGUUGUUCCAUGUCGUACAUCUGACCCACCUGGUGAUAAUAUAUGUUUAAUUGAAUUAAAAAAAGAGCAAACUAUACUGCGCGGUACACUAUUUGAUUCAAUGAGUCCCGGUUCAUUGGUUGCAAGUAGAGACAGGAUUCUACAAGUCGUGGGAGCUAUAACUUCGCGUCUGGAAGAUUUUGAUUCUAAAACCAAUGCAGAAAAUUCGAAACCUGGUAAUGGUUAUAAAUAAUCUGUGCCAAUAUAGCCGAGCAAAAACUUUUUUAUUAAAAUGCUUUAAUUGUUAUUCUGUGAAUUCUUUUAUUAACACAUAAUUUAGUUUCUA